AUGUCGUCAGGAGCAGCAUCAGGAAGCCAAGCCCCAGGUGGUUUGAGAAGCGCAGUCAAGAGAAAGUCUACAGCAGAUAAAAAGGCACAAUCUACAACUGCUACACCAUUGAGCACAAGGUCAGCAGGGUUUGGUGGCUCUUCAUCAACAAUGAUGAAAUUGUUCACAGAUGAGGCACAAGGUUUAAGAGUCGAUCCAUUGGUUGUGUUGUUCUUGGCUGUUGGUUUUAUUUUUUCAGUGAUCAUUUUACACGUGUUGGCUAAAGUUACUGGUAAAUUUACUAGUUGA